AUGAAUAACUCUACAGUGAACUUAACCUCACCUGGAACAUCUACAAACUCCACAAAUCAAUUAAUUGGAAUAAUGGACCGUGUUGAACUCAGCGUGUACAGCAUCGGUUUUCUGUUUGGUUUUCCUACACACUCCUAUAUUAUAUGGCUCAUCGUAACAGAAGCAGGAGUUGCAUCAGAGUUCUUCAACCUCAAUCUUUCUGUUUGUGAGAUCAUUAAUUGUCUCAAUAGUAUGGUCGCUAUAAUAUCAAUUUCCUUUUCAAAUCCUACAAUACUACCAAUGGUUUUACAAGGACUUGUCUUCACUGGUUGUUCACUGUUUCAGUGUCUGAUCUGUGUUGAGCGUUAUCUGGCAGUGGUUCAUCCUGUAACCUUUCUGAAGUACAAACCUCUCAGAUAUAGAGUGAUCUGCUCCACUGUGGCCUGGAUAAUCACUCUUGGCUCCUGUUUGUGUUGCAUAUUCAUUAUAGUAUCACUAAAAAUAAAAGCAUAUGUAUGGUUCUUGUCCCAGCAAUUCCUUCUCUUCUUCUGCAUCCAGUUGUUUUGUCUUGUAUCUGUUCUCAGAGCUCUGAAGCAGUCAGGACCAGGAGAGAGAGCGAGAGAGAGAGAAGAGGAAAAUCACACGAAGAGAAGGGCUUUUUAUAUCAUUCUAAUAACUACUGUGAGCAUGACUAUUAUGCAUGUCCCAUUUACUAUCACAGGAUUUCUGAGCAUUCCAACACAACAGAACCUUCAUGCGCUUUGGAACACAGGUUUAACUUUUUAUGUACUGGGGGGUUUUGUUCAGCCUGUUCUUUAUCUGCACCGGACUGGAAAGCUCUCCUUCCUUUGUUACUCAUGA